AAUUAACUCAUCAAGGGAACAACUUCCACAUUCAUAUAUAGAGUAUAGGGCGGCCAAACCAAACCACUUUCCGGCCAUCAAAACAUAGGGAGAAACAUAGACAUACCACCGACGGCCACCAUGAAAAUUCAUGAGUUUACGCGGGGCGGCUUCAUCUUUGAGCAAGACGUCCCUUCUCUCUCCCUCGGUUGCAAGCGCUACCGCCCUCUCGCUCCCAAGCUUGCCCCCACCGACGACUUCGACCUCAAGAGCUUCAUUAGACCCGAAAGCAGCCAUCUUGAAGAGAAAAGAGACUCGCUCCAUCAGACGAUGACGGGGGAGACGCAUCUGGGAGGCACCAGAUGGAACCCAACCCAAGAACAGAUAGGAAUACUAGAGAUGCUUUACAGAGGGGGGAUGAGAACUCCCAACGCGCAGCAGAUCGAGCAAAUCACUGCACAGCUAGGGAAGUACGGAAAGAUCGAGGGCAAGAACGUGUUUUACUGGUUCCAGAACCACAAAGCCCGGGAGAGGCAAAAGCAGAAGAGGAGCAGCCUCGGGCUAAACCAUAGCCCGAGGACACCGCCACCAUCUGCUUCCUUUACCAACUCUCCAUUUGUAGCAUUCGAUCCGUGGGGAGAGCAAAGUGCAUGCAAGAGAAAAUGGCCGACAUAUGGGAGUUUGGGAGAAGAGAACAGUUCAUGUGGAAGAGAAGAAGGAGAUGGGACUCUAGAACUUUUUCCAUUGCAUCCUGAACUAGGGAGAUGAUGACCAGUUGACUAUGAUGAUGAAUUUUGUUAUUAUUUGGGAACGUUCGGCCCGGAGUCGUUCUUCUGGAGUCGUUCGUCCCGGCCCAGCACAGCUCGGCCGGGACUGCCUCAAUAAUAAUGCAAUGUGGCUCAAAAUUCUUGACUAGCUAGAUGUAUAAGUUGGACCGGUGUUGUGGUUAAUAAAUUGAUUUAACUUCCUCUUUGUCUGAUUUCUGAUUAUAAUUGAUGAAAUGGAACGUACCUUGUUCUUAAUUAUUCCAAAAGAAAAA